AUGUCUGCCAAACUACAACAUGAAGCCGCCUGGGAGGCCGGUCUUCUCGCCUUCAUAUCUCGCCAAUUCAUCCAAACAGUCCCUCCGAUUCCCAAGUCGGUCAAUUUCUCGGGGAAAACAGCACUCAUCACUGGCUCCAAUGCUGGACUAGGAUUCAAUUGUGCACGGCAACUUCUAGGCCUCAACCUCUCACACCUCAUCCUCGCCGUUCGCUCACAGUCAAAGGGCGACGCCGCAGCCAAGACCCUCCAGGGCCAAUUUCCGUCCGCCAAGAUCGAGGUCUCGCUCGUGGACAUGAGUUCGUACAAGUCCAUUGUGGCGUUUGCAAAGCGGUGCGAGGCCCUGCCUCGGUUGGACAUUGCCAUUUUGAACGCAGCGCUGGACCGAAUCACAUACGAGCGCUCUGAAGAAACGAAGCACGAAGUGACAUUCCAGGUCAAUUACCUCUCGACUGCUCUCCUGGCACUCCUCCUUCUCCCAAUCCUCAAGUCCAAGCGGGAAACCGAAUCCCCGGCAUACUUGUCUCUUAUCGGAUCUGACGCGGCGUACUGGGUGGAUUGGAAGGACCCAAGCUGCCAGUCUGCUUUUGAGGUGGCGGAUAACGCAGCCGAGUUCGAGUCGUUCAACGCAUACAAGACUUCCAAGCUCCUUCUCCUCAUGUUUGUCGACAAGCUCAGCCAGCAUGUGCCCGCUGAUCAAGUCGUGAUCAACGUCCCCAAUCCGGGGGCAUGCAAUGGCACCGAGUUUACGGACGACCACCCGUUCGAACUGAAGCGAUUUUUGUUCGGCCUCAUGAUUGGAAUGAUGGCGCGACCGGUAGAAGUCGGGGCGCGGCAAUAUGUACAUGCCGUCACCACGUAUGGCGCGGAGAGCCAUGGUGGGUUUGUGAGCGAUGGCAGGUUGUCUGUAUUCCCCCCUAUUAUGUAUGAAGAGUCUGUCCGAUCACUUCAGGAGACGCUGUGGCGAGAGACGCUAAAAGAGUUGGAGUUUGUUGACCCAUCAAGCAUCCUUGAGACAUGGUCUAGCUAA